AGAGAGGAAAAAUCUGAGCCAAACAGUGGAACCUACAAAACAAAUUAUUUCUGAUUAUUCGAGGGGAGUGGUUUUGUUUUUGGAAAACAAAAUUCUCUUGGCUUUUUGUAGCCUCUGGUAUUUUUGUAGAACCAAGCAGACAGAGAAAGAUUAUCUGUAGUAGUUUGUUCUGUUAAACCUGAACGAUUUUAAUUUUAAUUUUUUUUUCCCCGUGAACAGCGUCGUUUUUUCUAGAGAAAAAACCGGCGAUUUUCGGGGAAAAUUCGGGCUAAGAGAAGCCACGUUCUUUGUUUUCUAGGAUUUUGGUAUUGUUGUUGUUGUUGUUGAUCUUGGUCUGUUUGUUCAUGAUCAUAUCCCGAAAUCCGAUCUUUACGUAAUCUAUUUGCUAAUCGAAGAAGCAACAUAAUUUUCAUCUACGUUCUCUGGUCGAACUGAUUAAAAUUCACAAUCCGCAGCCUAAAUUCUAACAAAGAUCGAUUUCUGCAUUCUGGGUGUUUAUCAAAUUCCCGUAAUAAUCGGUUCCUCAUAUCUGCGUGGUGCUCAAAUAUCACUCGGAAGUCGUCUGAUAUCUGGGUGCUCUCUGAAAAGCGGUUUUAUGUUUUUGGGUACCAUCAAAACCUCAUGACUAUCGGUUUCUGAUCUCGAGGUAUUCGCUGAAAUACGGUUUUCGAUCUAGAAUUCCCGGAAUUUCAAUCAUGGCGAAGAAAUCAGGGUCAUUGGAAAACUGGAGGAAUUACUUUCGUACUGCGAGUUCUGACAUUUUCGACAUAAUCGACCAUGCGAUCAUGGUGGCCGCUUCGGAUUGCCCCAAGGAGUUCAGGUUGCGGAGAGAUCGAAUCGCCGAGAGGCUUUUCUCUUGCAGACUGACGCGGUGUUCGGGUUGCGACCGGGUCGAGUUGGCGGUGCCUGAUGGUGAAGAAGAAGAAGAUGAUGAUGAUGACGGAGGUUGUAAGAGUAGUGAGUUUGAUAGAGAUGCGUGUGAGUUUGAGGCCGGGGGUAGUAAGGAGAGCAAGGCGAAUAGCAGUAGAGAUGAUCUGGGAGAGAUGAACAUGAACCAGAUUACCAACUACAGCUAUGGAGAAGCUGAGGCAUUGACUGAUGAGAUUGAGGAAGAGUCUGAGAUUGUUGGGGAGGUCCUGAGGAUCAAAGAUAUUCUUUAUGACUGUGAAGUAGAGUCUGAUUCAGUAUUGUUAGAGUCGUUGAGGAAGCUUCAGUUGAUGGCUCUAUCUGUGGAUACUCUGAAGGCAACUGAGAUUGGAAAGGCUGUCAAUAGGCUCCGGAAACAUGCAUCAAAGGAGAUUCGUUACCUUGCACGGACUCUUAUUGAUGGCUGGAAAGACAUGGUAGAUGACUGGGUUAGGGCUACAGCAGCUAUUGCGGUUGCGGAAGGUACCCCAGAUUCUGUGAAUCCAUCUGUUGUUGAUGAAGAAGAGGGGCUUCCGUCUCCUCCUCUGGAUGAUGGAGUUUUCUUUGCUACUCAACCCACUUCAAUGGAGCUCUCUGAGUUCUUUGAUGGCAUGGAUGAUGACGGAAAUCCUCGAAACGGUUGGGAAUUCAGCAAGAACGGUGAGAAUGGAAGAAAAUCAACACAAGAUUGUCAAAAUAAGUCGAAGCGGAAACAGCAGACACCCAAUGUGGCAAAUGUGCUGGCCAAGGAGAACAAGAGUCAUCAAGUGAAGAAACAGGAAGUUGUGUUGAAGCCAAAUAAGCCCUCCUCAAACACUGAUUAUGGGCCUGGAAGACCUCUCAAACCAAGGACAGAGCAAUUGGUCAAUGAUGAGACAAAGUUGCACCAAAAAUCUGAUAAGGUUGCUGUCCAGAGGAAGCCGGUCACCGGUCAGCAAGAGAAAUUCAAGUGUUCGGAUGAGGUUGCAGUCCAAGUGAAACUUGAAGCUACAAAGAGGAAACUUCAGGAGCGUUAUCAACAAGCUGAGAAUGCUAAGAAGCAGCGGACGAUACAGGUUAUGGAGUUACAAGAUCUCCCUAAGCAGGGGCUUGGCCAUAGAAAUCCGCACAUAAAACCCGGGAACCAUAACCGGCAUUGGGCGCAUGGACGACGCUAGGGUUUUUUAAUCCAGAAAGAAAUUAGGCUUUUUCAAGUUUCUUCCUUGUUAAAGUUAGAGGAAGAACAUCAGUGUCUUUGGCAUGUUCUGCAUUGACCUAUUUGAGCAUCAACAAUUACAAAUUCAUUCCCCAUUUCUGCUGGAGAAGGCUAUAUUCCUAAUUUGAGUACAGGUAUAGAGACUUGGAUGAGGCAGGCUAUAUAUAGCUAAUGAAGUUUGACCUACUGCUCAGAUAAAUGUCUGUAGAGAUUCAGAGAACCUUGAUCAAACUACCUGUCAGCAAUUUUUUUCAUCUCACAAUCAAGACUUUUAAGCCAUUAGAUCAUCAUGUAGUUAGUUUGCACAGCAUCUGUGCAUCUUCUUCAUCCAUAAACUCAUUCCCGUAUAUAAACUCUUUGGGAAUGACUAUAUAAAGAGGCUGAAUGUUCCUGCUGAGGAAUUUACUAACUUCUAUAAUACAAACCUCAUUUUGUAA